AGUCUGAUCUGCACAUUCGGUCCGAGAAUGUGCUUUUUGGCGCGCAACCUCCUUGCCUGUGGUACAUUAACCUUCACCUGAGCAACAGAAGACGCAAAAGAGGACUCAAACAUGAAUUCAACGGAUUUUGAAGUCGUUGAGAAUAUUGAGGAGUGCUCAAACAAUGCCAUUCCGUCCUUCUAUGAGUACAUUAUGGCCAUGACGCCACUCUUGAUGGGACUAACAGCAGCUGGAGGAUUUCUCUUUCUCAUCACACUCAUGAUUUACUACAGAAACCUGAAUAAACUCGUACGGAGGACACCUAAAGACUUUCUAGCUAGGACACUCCUGCUCUGUGGCAUUUAUCAAAUUGUGUCAGCUGCUGCUUUUGUGUCAAUCCUCGUUCCGAGAGCCAUCCUUCUCUGUGACACUGUGGCCCAUUUGACUUUCGCCUUCUGCACCUAUCAAUUAAUUUGCCUAUUUAUAGACUACGCUGGUGGAGAGACUAACUUUGUAAAACAAGCCAAUACCGAUGCUUUUUCCCUGCGGACGCCGCCCUGUUGUUGCUGCUGCUGUUGCUUGCGUCCUGGACCACCCUCCAAGUCUACAUUUCUUCUUAUUCGGACACUCGUACUGCAGUUUCCAAUUGUCCAGGGAGUCCUAUUCAUCACACUCAAUGUCCUCUUUAUUGAAGACGACCAACUUUAUAGUCGAGUCUUCUUGUACUUCCUACCGUUCAUCAUUACAUCCAUUCUUUUAUGCAUCUGGGCACUAAAUAUGAUCGUUCGCAUGAUGGCGCCCAAUUUUCCAGAUCUUCGCAUCCGACCCAAGUACUUUGCACUUCAAUUUGUACUUAUGAUGACCAAGAUACAACCAGGAAUAGGGAAUGCGAUUGUUUCUAGUAUAGCCUUUCCCUGUUGGUAUCCACUAACUCCAUCUCUGUACAAAAACAUCAUCGUGCAGAUUGUGAUCCUCACACAAAUGGUCAUCCUGUCUAUAUGGUCACAGAAACUGUACAGGACGCCUAGCAAGAGCACUAUGAAACUCAAUGCCCUCUCAUGAGGACUUCGUUUUGGCUGAACAGGCCAAGAUAACAGUAUUAUAGAAUGUUGUAGUCAGGAUUAGAAGAGGAUGCUUGAGAAAAAUCAGGUAUUUUAGUUGAAUUUAUUAAAAUAGAACAUACAUAGAGAGUCUUAUGGAUUUUGUGCUGGAAUAUUAUUACUGAGGGAUAAACAUUGAGUUUUCCGAGAAAAAUACUUUAAUUUCUUGGAACAAGAAUUUCUAAAUAUUUCUUGGAUAAUUUGGAUAACAGGAACUUCUUAACAGGUUUCCUGUUAUUCAAAUCGCAAUUUUAAAUUAUUCAGCACGAAAUUCAUUUUCUCAAAAAUAGUGAUCAUCCAGUGUUGACUGCUAGAGAUUUUAUAUUGUAAAACUAUUCCCUUAAUUCUGAGAUAGAUAAAGUUUAAAAUUAUUAAUUUGAAUAUUUAUGCCUCAGUUUCUGAAAUGCUUUUUAGAUCGCAAAAUUUUCGUGAGAUCUAAAUUGUCGUAUUCAAACCUAAAUUGAAUUUAAGUUGUAUUGGCUCCGGCACACCUUUUAGAUCAGUAAAAUUUCACGAAAGCAAAAUUUACAUCCCUUUCCUUCUAAAAAGUUUUGCAUAUGUCUAUCCUGCUCUCUGACACUUCGAAUUUGAGCUAAAUUAAAUUUGUUGUAAUGUUUAAAAUAAGAAGAAGAGUGCAAAACAGUGAGAUAGACAUAUACAAUAGUUUUGAGAAAGAAAGGGGUGCGAAUUUCGACUUCAUAAAAUUUUCCUGAUCUAAAAGGUAUGCUGGAACCAUAAGUGAAGUCGUAUAGCACGUAAUCUUCUUUAAAAAUAGAGUGAGAUAGAUAUAUGCAGUAUGUUCGAGAUAAAAAAGAGUUGAAAUUUUGAUGCCAUGAAAGUUUUCGAUCAAGAAAACCGUGCUAAAAUUUUGGCACCUGCUUAAUUUGAAGCGAUACUCACGAUCAAAAUGGUGAUUAUUCAAAAUCUGUGAAAUGUUGUUUAGACAUUUUAAAUUAGAGUAUCAUGUUAAUUUUCAGAAAUACUUAUAUUUAGCAUAAUAAAGCAAAAAAUAACUAAUUAUUUUGCUUGAAUUUGCUUUAAUUUACAUGCACUACAAAACAAAUUAAAACGAUUAUCGUAUGUAAUGAGAGUAACACGAUUUUAUUGUAGUUUUCCAAAGAAUAUCGCAGCUGAUAUAAAUUUUUCAUUUGAAAAUUAAAAUUUCGUAGUUAAAUUCCAAAACCUUUAACUUACAACAAAACAAAAAUAUGAAAAAUUCAAUCGAUAAUCGUUUUAAUAUUCAACAAAAAAAGUUGUUAUUACAAACAAUAAAUCGUUGAACAAUGAUUUUUUCGCAAUAAUCGUUAGAGAUAUUGAUACGAUAAGCGUAUAAAUCCCAUUUUGAUACACGUAGUAAUUGGUUUCACAUUAUCGUUUUGAUUUUGAGAAUAAAACUAAAGAAUAUUCAGAAAAUUCAAUUCGUUUUAGUUUAAUUCAUUUUACUUAAAACGAAAACGAGCGAAAUGCUCGAACUCGUGAUUUAGAUGCUAUACCUCAAAAGUACUUUCGCAUCAUUUACCGUUUACAGGUACUCAACCGAUUUGAAUCGAUUUAUAAAUCACUCAAUAGAUUUUACAAAAUAGUUUAAAGAAUAAUAAAAAUUAUAUUCGAACAAAAAUUACUUAUCGGUAAAUAACCGGUUCAUUACCGGUUCACAACCGAUUUGAACCGACUUAUAAAUCACUCAAAAUAUUUCCCAAAAUACACCUCAGGAGUAAUUUAAUUGAAUUUCGUAUAAAAAUUAUUUAUCGGUUAUGAACUGGUUCAUUACCGAUUUAAAACCGAUUGGAACCGGUUCAGUUUUGUCGGACAUUCCAAGACCUUUCCAACAAGCCCAAACAUGACCCAUUCGCUUGAUAUAUGCGCUUAGUGUCUUUUUAAUCUUUGACUUUGAAAAACAGUUAUUAGGAAUGAUUCAACGCUAUUUUUGUCUAAGGACGAAAUGUCCGCCUGGGUAAUCAUGGUUAAUCAUGGUAAACAUGGUUUUGGAGGGGAAGGGAAGGGGUGGGGCAUGUUAACGAUCCUUGGGUUGACUUAUAGGGGGGUCCCCCUUAGGUCUCAAGUCGCUAUCUCUAACCAUUUGGCCUCUAGAGUUGAUGACAGCCGGAUGGACAUACGGACAAACAGCGUGACGCCAAAAAACUCGAACCUUCAGAUUUCGAAAAUUCUACCAAAAUACGACUUCUUGGGGGGUAAGGAGUUGAAAUAUAACUCAAAAUCUAGGGAUUUAUUAUACUGCUCUCUCCGAAGUUCGAGCAGUAAAAAUUAAUUUUCAGAGCAAUUUGGCGCUUUAAAUCAGGCAAUACACAUCAACUUAAAAAGUUCGAUUUAAAGAUCUAAGUUUUACAUAUUUGUCAUAUUACUGAGGGGUAUAAUUUACGAUAAAACCUUUUUGUUUAUAUUAUAAAAAUAACUAAUGAGAUUGUAAAAAAUCCCAGCUAAAAUGUCGUGAAAUUUAUCUACUAAAUGGGAAUAUCUCUUUAUUAAUUUUUAAGAUAAAUGUGUAAUGUCACAAACACGAAUGACGCUUUGGAUUUAUUUAUUUUUUUAAUUUCAUUUUUUUUUAAUAUUCAUAUAUUUAAAAUUUCCAAAGGUUUUCUAAAUUAAUUUAAAAAUUGAAGAGAACCCAAAACAGCUUGACUUUUAAUUUUUUUACUUUGUGACUUAUUUGACUUGAGGCUUAAAGUUCUUUAUUGAAGGAUAUGAAUCAACCUUUAUGAACUGAUUUAUCUCAGAAUUGAGGGGGAUUAAAAAAACUCCUAAAGCAAACAAAAUUCAGAAUUUUUCGAAGUUUUUGAAAUGCUUUUUUUAUGUUUUCUUAAAAAAACCAUUCAUAUUUAAAAAAAAUAUGUAAUAUUAAAAAUGAAAGUAGAAGAAAGUUAAAUUAAAAAUAUUUUUUCAAGGUUUUAAACGCAAUUUCUCUAAAAUAAAAUUUCUAGCUAGACCUAAAGUGUACUUAUAAAAAUACUUAUACUACUGGAAAAUGUUCCUCUCGAAUAUCUAAAAAAAAAGAACUCUAAAAAAUGUACUUUAAGUGAAAAUGCUUUAUAAAUCACAAAAAUUACAAAUUUUCCCGUAAAUUUUAGUAAUGAAAGAACAAAUUAAUUAUCUUUAUCACUUAAAAAUCUCAAAAAAAGCAAAACGUGAAAAAUGUACUAUAAUUUUGUAUUAGUGUUUAGGAUUUAAGUAGAUCGCUCUAUUUGUAACAAUUGAAAAACAUUCUGUAUAGAAACAUAUUUUGAGUGUUUUUUAAUGCAAUAUGGCCUCUAAAAAAGACAUAAAUGAAUGUGAUUGUACAUAGAAUAAAACAUUAUUAGUGAUAUUAAACGAAUUAUUAGCUGAAUAAUAA